CUGUACGUCACAGAGGGCGUCUAAACAAGAAUCCUAGAAGUGGAGGUCAGCAGGGAGGAAGCAUGGCAGCCCUGUUAAGGAAGUCUUGCAGUGCUUUGCACAGCUCUGUCAGCAGGCAUGCACGCUUUGCAGUGGUUUGCAGGUCAAUGGCCUCCAAAACACCUAUUGGGUUCAUAGGACUUGGAAAUAUGGGAAAUCCAAUGGCAAAAAAUCUUGUGAAACAUGGGUAUCCUGUUGUUGCGUAUGACGUUUUUCCAGAGGCCUGUAAAGAAUUUCAAGAUACUGGUGCCCAGAUUGUAGAAUCGCCAUCUGAUGUUGCUGACAAGGCUGACCGAAUAAUCACUAUGUUGCCAUCAAGUUUGAAUGCCAUUGAAGCAUACACGGGUCCAAAUGGAAUUUUGAAAAAAGUGAAGAAAGGCUCUUUGUUGAUUGACUCAAGUACCAUUGACCCAGCAGUGUCUAAAGAACUGGCAAAGGCAGUGGAAAAAAUGGGAGCUGUUUUCAUGGAUGCACCCGUCUCUGGAGGUGUUGGAGCUGCCAGAUCUGGGAACCUCACAUUUAUGGUUGGCGGAGUUGAGCAAGAAUUUGAUGCUGCAAAAGAACUUUUGUCUUGUAUGGGAGCUAAUGUGGUUUACUGUGGAGAAGUUGGAACAGGGCAGGCAGCAAAAAUUUGCAAUAACAUGCUGUUGGCUAUUGGCAUGAUUGGCACAGCAGAGACCAUGAACCUUGGAAUAAGAUUAGGGCUUGACCCAAAGCUACUGGCCAAAAUCCUGAACAUGAGCUCCGGACGAUGCUGGUCAAGUGACACCUACAACCCUGUACCAGGGGUGAUGGAAGGCGUGCCCUCUGCCAAUAAUUACCAGGGUGGAUUUGGAACUACUCUUAUGGCCAAGGAUCUUGGUUUGGCCCAGGACUCCGCCACAAACACGAAAACCCCAACACCUCUGGGAUCUCUAUCGCAUCAGUUAUACAGACUUAUGUGUGCCAAGGGCUAUGCCCAGAAAGAUUUCUCAUCCGUCUUCCAGUUUUUACGUGAAGAAGAAAACUUGUGAACAGAUUUUGAAGAUCUUUACAAACACUAUUUUUGAAUCCAUGUUAGGUACAUAAGCAAAGGAAAAGUUAAAAGGUUGUAUGUUGGUGAGGAAGUCUUUGUAGAAGUGAAUAUGUGGUCUCAGACAGGACAUCCUUAUUGUCAAAACAAAGUGGAUGGUAAAAGUGAAGAAGCAGCUGCUAAGUUGUUGGUUGGAAAUGCCCAGACACCAUUACAUGUCUCUACUCCUCUCUGCAUCUCAAGUUUUUAAGGCCAUAAUAAGCUUGAACUUUGGGUCAUGAGUCGGGAUCUUUUUCUAUAGCUGUAAUUGUCACUGUAUCAUGCAGUAUUUGAGGAAGAUGAUGUUUCUGUGCUUCAGCAAUAACCACCUGUUACAAUAUUGGAUUUAUUCAGUAAGGCAGUGCAAAGUGUUGUAGCCCCCAGCAGCAGAUCAGAUUUGAGAACAAUAAUCAGAUUGGGUAAGAGGUGAUUUGGGGUUACUUGGUAUGAGAUCAUGUACUAGGCUCUGCUGUUUGGACUGCUUUAUUGGAUAAACCUGUAUGAUGAUUUUUUUUAUCUGUCAUGAUUUAGAGACAAUAGCGGAUAUCGUUCUGCAAGCUACUGUGAAGAAAUGAGCCUAUACUUUUAAGAUACUUUGAUACUAUGUUUUGUCUGUUUAGCUCCAAAAAUUAACACUUAUACACAGAGGAAGGUAUGAUUUAAUAAUUGUGAACCAAGAUCCAGAACUUUUUAUGUGAACCCUUAAUAAAACAUGGUAGUAUAAUGCA